CGAUAUGUCAACAAGAAUUAUUUUGUCCUAUCGAAUUAUGCAAGUUUAUUAUUAUUUAUAACUUCAAUUGAAACUUAAUAAAAUGAAAUUAAAUUUGAUAAAGAAGAUCCAUUUAUACAAUUUGUAUUCAGGAGGGAGUUAUUGAAAGGAGCUAAGUGGACGACAACAGGUCUUAUCUUGGAUUAUCUUCUGCAUAUGGCAAAUCAGAUAUCACUGUUUACAUUCAAAUACUGAUAGUCUGCACUUUAUUUCUGCAAUAUAAAACAAACAUGCCUAUUCCACCAAUAACAACGGUCUUGGAAACUGAAACAGAAUGUCGCAGCAUAACAGACAGUGUUGGAUCACAUUCUGAUAUAUCUGGGACUACAGUGCACACUGGAAGCACAAUGACCAAGAGUCAGAUGGAUGUUGUUUGUGUUAUAGAUAUUAACCAAAAUGAAAAUAUCUUACAAAGAAAAAAGGCAUUGGAGGAAAUUAAACAGGCUUGUCUUCAAGUUGGUGCUAAUUUCAAUCAUCUUCAGUUUGAAAAACUAGACUUUGGAGAAGCUAAUGUUGUGAGCAGCUUUUAUAAUGCAGAUGUUGUCAUCAUUGACUUAUCUUUCCCAGCACAACAAAGUACCUUAUUUUACCAUCUUGGGGUGCGAGAAAGUUUCAAUAUGAAACAGAAUAUUUUGGUAUAUAACGACAUUGAUCCUGAUGUUACCUUAAAAUUAAAGUUAUCUUGUAGUAGUUACUCAUUUAUCUCAUAUAAAUUAUCCGAGAAUUCGUGCCUUACUACUUGCCCUAGUGGUCGAGUGGAUGAACCUAUCGAUUUUCUGCAUCAGAAAUUGAAAAAGUUGUUACAAGAUGUAGAAGUACAAACGAAAGCCCACAUGAAAGAAAAAUUUCUUUCUGACUUGAAGAAGCUGAAAGAACAAAAAAAUGGAGAGGAAUUAAAUGAAGCGCUUCUAUUAAUGAGGAAACGUCUUGAUGAUCCGAAUGUUCUUUCUGGAGAGGUUAUAUUAAACAUGUUAUUUUGUUUUCGUGACAUUCAAGAAUAUGACGCAAUGAUACACUUAGUCGAAGACCUCAGGAAAGUUCCUACAGCUAGAAAGUACCUGAAUUCAUAUAUUAUGUUUCUCUAUGCUUUUGCCUUAAAUAGGAGGAAAAAGGAUGGUGAUCGAAAGAACGCUCUUGCCGUGUGUGAAGAGUCUCUUAAAAGUAAAGAAAAUCACUUUCCGGAUAUGCUAUGCUUAUGUGGAAGGAUUUACAAGGAUAUGUUUACAGAAUCUGAUCAUAAAGACACAAAAAGCUUGGACGCUGCGAUAUAUUGGUACAGGAAAGGUUUCGAAGUUCAACCAAAUGAAUACGCAGGCAUUAACCUGGCAACACUCUUAGUCAUCAAAGGUGCGGAAAUAGGCAAAUCGGAUGAACUGCAACACAUAGGCAUGGUAUUAAAUAAUCUGAUUGGUAAAAAGGGCAGCUUAGCUUCGUUGAUCGACUACUGGGAUGUUGCCACUUUUUUCGAAAUAUCCGUUCUUUUCCAACAUUACAGCAAUGCAACCCAAGCAGCAGCUUGUAUGUUUAAGUUAAAACCUCCAAACUGGUACCUUAAGUCUACUGUUGGGAACAUACAGCUCAUAGACAGAUUUCGUAAAAAAUCUGAGGAGGCAGUUAGUCCAGAAGAACAAAUAUUUCACUUCUGGAUGGAAUUUUUUCUGGAAGCGACGAAAGAAGAGCAGGAAGAAGCGUUCAGAUUCCCAGCUUUAAUUUUGGAGCCCAGUAAGGAAUUGAUGCCUAGUUAUGUGUGUAUUAAUUUAGGAGCAGACCCUCAAACUCUGCAGGUAAACAAUCUUUGCGAUCGGAGUUUGAGAGGAGAGUGUAAACAAAUACACGACUGGGAAUUUACAGCAAAUCAAAUAAGAAGUGUUAGCUUUUAUAAAAGAGAUGAAAGAUGCCUGUUUCUCUAUGUCCAUCACAACUCAGAUGAUUUUCAAAUAUUUUUUCCGUCAGAGUCAUGUCGAGAAUGUUUUUAUAAACUUAUCCUCGAACUUACCAAUCAUCAAGAGGGUCUGGUAGAAUCAGAACCCCCUCGAGAUAUUAAAUAUGAAUACGAAAGAGAUGAAAUAGGCAAAAAACUCCUUUUAGGAAAAGGAACAUAUGGAAUAGUCUAUGCUGCUCGGGAUCUCAAUACACAAGUACGUAUUGCAGUUAAAGAAGUACCUGAAAAAAAUUUAGGGGCUGUACAACCUCUACAUGAAGAGAUUCGUCUUCAUUCCCAGUUACGUCACAGAAAUAUUGUACAGUACCUGGGUUCCCUGUCCGAGGAUAAUUAUUUUAAGAUUUUUAUGGAACAAGUACCUGGAGGUUCGCUUAGUGCCUUAUUAAGAUCAAAAUGGGGUCCUUUAAAAUCCAAUGAGCAUACUAUGGCCUACUAUACAAAACAAAUACUGGAAGGAUUGAAGUAUCUACACGAUCAGAAAAUUGUCCAUAGAGAUAUAAAAGGUGAUAACGUUUUAGUUAACACAUAUAGUGGUGUAGUAAAAAUUUCCGAUUUUGGAACUUCAAAAAGACUUGCAGGACUUUGUCCCAGUACAGAAACAUUUACUGGUACUCUUCAGUACAUGGCACCAGAAGUAAUCGACAAGGGACAAAGAGGAUAUGGUGCUCCCGCCGACAUAUGGUCCUUGGGUUGUACGGUAGUUGAAAUGGCUACAGGGAAACCCCCAUUUAUUGAAUUGGGAUCACCGCAGGCUGCUGUUUUUAAAGUGGGUUACUACAAGGCGCAUCCGGAAGUACCAGAAGAACUUUCAGAACGAGCCAGAUCAUUUAUAAAGAGAUGUUUCGAACCUGAUCCGGACAAAAGAGCCACAGCUGCACAUUUACUAGAGGAUCCAUUUUUAGGACCCGAGAGGAGACAAAAGACUGUUCGGUUAAAUACUGAAUUUAACCGAAGCGUUUCUGUACCCGCGGAAAAGAAAUCCACAAGACAAACAGGUCACAACAGUGCUCCUAAUCAGACACCAGUAAGCCCAGAAACUGACCAAGCACUGCAGGAAGAAGAAAAUUGGCAUUCAGUUGGUUCUCAUCAGAGUCGAGCUUCUUUACUACCACCCAUACAAAUGCCUACCGCCCUUACUUUUAACAGUUUGGCCUCCACGCCGUCCUUGGAUUGCGAAAGCGAGAGUCCAAACACAGAAAGAAGGAAUUCAUCCGGCACCUUAUUAUCACCUGAGGUUGACACCGGUACCGAAACAGAUGGAUUUUACCUGCUGAAGAAAGACUCACAACGACGAACAACGCUUGCUAAAGUUCUUGCCAACGAUGGUAUAAAGAUAUGCGAAGUAUGGAUGCAAAAAGUUAGGGAAAAGUAUUUAGGGGAAACGGUACUGACAGAAAAGCAUCUUUUAAGGUUAAUGGAUGGCUUGAAAGCUUACCUCACGGAACAGUCAAUGACAGUUGUCGAGAGCACUGUGAGACAGUUAAAGGAAGAACUGGACUUUGAUUCUGCAGCCAUAAAUCAACUACAAUUUGCCAUAUAUCUUUACCAGGAAUCCGUGAACGAAGUUCUUCGGCUUCAUCCAAUUAAGCCACAUUGGAUGUUCGCAUUAGACAACCUGGUGCGUUCUUGUAUCCAAGCUGCCAUUACUGUGUUAACGCCUGAGUUAAGUGAACACAUCGCCAAUCAUAGUUCUCCAAGUACAGUUAACUCGAGUAAAAGCAGUAAAACGAAUGAGGGGUACGAUGUAAGGGAUUCUAAUUUACAAUUGAGAAAUGAAAAUUCGAGAUUGUGGCAGGACCUGCUGGAAUGUCAGAGACAAUAUCAGGGACUGUUGAAGCAGUUAAUAGAAACCCACCGUCAAGAAAUAGCCCUCCGCCAGUUAUGUUGUCACAGGUGUUGCUGUCAGUCUCGUAACAAUAACAAUAAUGAUCUCCAGGAAAUAGUUGAAGAAGACCAACGUCUCGCCAAUUGGUUAGAAGGUUUAGGAAUUCAUGAAUCUGCAAAAAGAAUCUUCGUCUCCGAAGGCUACACGCUUGAAGAGGUAUUGUAUCACAUAAGUCGAGAGGAUCUGGAAAAAGUAGGAUUAAAAGGUUCAACGGCUCUUCGAAUCUGGAGGGGUAUUGAACAACAUCGACAUGGAAACGAAUCAAUCAUUUGCAACGGUGUAACACUAGAUGAAAGCGGAACAGUAUAGAACUGUUUUCCUCAUACAAAAAGUUUAUAAUUGUUUCAUUUAAAUAAUAAUUAUUUAAGCCCGAUUCUCAUUAGACGUGCAAAAAAACCGGACCGGCAACGGCAAGGCACGGGCAAGGUUUUCAGAGUCAAUUCACACUGCGAAAGGCUUGCCGCGGAAUAGUUGCUUUGUGUAGUGAAGAGUGUUCAAAAAUUCUACGUUAAUAAAAAUUGCUCUAUUAGAUAAACAAACAGAAAAUGGAAACAUUGUAAGAUUUGUUCCAACCCGUCACAUUACCGUUCUUGAAUGGUUACGAGUAUGCGCAGUAACGAAAAAUGUGUUACUGCGCAUACGCGUAACCAUUGAACGUUAAUGUGACGGGUUGGAACAAACCAAUGGUUUUGAAAACUGCCGCACGAAAAAUGUCUGCAGAUGAGCGGUCAAACCGUCUUUUGCUUUCAGGUCUUGCAUUCAGCCACGAGUUCUACCGUCUUCCUACAUUCUCAGUAUCCGGCUGUAUACAGGGUGUUUGGUAAAGAAUGGGCCAUAGCUUAACCUCAGGUUCCUGAGGUUAAAUUCCUGAGGUUAAAAUAGGCCGAUUUAAGCUGACUUACCUUAGUACAAAGUUUAUAAUAACCGAGAUACAGGGUGUCAAAGUUAAACUUUUUUUUUUAUUAAUUAUUGAAUAUUUCCUGACAGGUAUGAGAUAACAACAUGAAAUUUGUUAUGUGGGGGUUUUUUGGGUCGAGAAAACUA